AUGCCUUCCAAAUCAAGAGGUUUGAGAACCUCUACGGGUUGCUUGACGUGCCGCCAGCGCCGGGUCAAGUGCGAUGAAGGUCGACCGAGUUGCCAGAAUUGCGUAAGGGUCACUCGCGAAUGUGUCUAUGCCGAGAGAUCCUCUGCACCUCGGCAGCCCAGGGCUUUGAGUGCUCGCAAGCCAGACGAAGGCUCAUCAACUGGUACCGAAUCAGUGCCGCCAGAAAGCGAGCCGGAAGCGAGUGUUUCAAUAUCAGAAAGCUCACUAAGUUCAGAGGCUGUAGCUCCCAUCCAAUCAUGGAUACCAUUUCCCACUGGGCAAUCAGUGCUCUCUGAUAACGUAAUUCCCGACGAAAGAUUCCUUCUCAACGACAGCGUUUUCAAUUUCGGAGAUAAUCUGAUAACCACUUCUGGCCCUAAUGAAUGGUAUGACCGACUUGCAGAAGACGCAAUCAACUUGUUACAGGAGCGGCCUCGAAGCAUUCACAGGGACUUCGACAUCGCAAGUCUAUCGCGAAGACAACCCCCAAUGCAAACCAUUGCCUUGGAAUCUGGGGAUAGUCUUUUCAGCAAUAUGAAUAUCCAAUCAAUGACUGUCCCGACCCAGCCGUGGAAUACCCAUACAAAGCUCGAACUGAAUAGUGAAGAGAUGGUAUAUUUCUCACAUUAUGUGACCGUUGUAGCGCCGAUACUGGAUCUGUUCGAUACCGAGAGGCACUUUGCCAAUAUCGUGCCACAUCUCGCUCUGCGCAAUGUCGGGUUGCUCAAGUCGAUCCUGGCAGUUGGUGCAUGUCACAUGAGUCUCUACCCAGACCAGGACACUGGUAAUGAGUCCACAUCUCCCGUAUAUCCUCAAACACCCGUACCAUGUGGUAGUGUGUCAACACCUUUGCGAAGGAAGAUUGGUGAUCAGUUUUUCUUAGAAACACUACAGUAUAUAUCGCAAAACUUGAUAUACCAGUCAUAUACGACUUCUCUGGAAAUACUGGCAACUGGUAUCAUGCUCUCGACAUUCGAGAUGUUUGGAGCAGGUGCAGAUUACAACCACAGCGAAUGGGAUCGCCACCUAAGAGGGGCCUUUUGGAUCCAACGGAACACGGGUACGAGCGGAGAGUCUGCAAAUGGAUUGCAGCGUGCAGUCUGGUGGGCAUGGCUACGACAAGAUGUAUGGGCAGCUUUCCGGACUGGGAGACCAGCACUUACCGUACACCAACCAAUCACACCAAUGGCAGAACUUACAUUAGAGGGGCUGACGACACGUAUCAUAUACAUCGCUGCCAAAUGUGUCCAGUAUGCGGCAACGCCCAAACAGGACGAUAUCGCUGGUUACAUCGAAGCUGGAGAAACCCUGCUUCGGAUACUUGAUGCAUGGAAACACCUUCUUCCGCCAUCAUUCGAUCCUAUCCCUGGUGCACCCGCAUCUCAAGUAACGUCACCGCCCUCUUUGGGGAAAACUCAAAUUCAGCCCAUAUGGAUCCAUCCUCCGGCGCAUGCUGCUGCUAUCCAAACCUAUCAUUUUGCAAGGAUAGUCGUUUUACUCAACCAACCUUCUAAUGGUGGUCUCAAUACGUACCAAACACGCUUCAAGCUUCUUCACGAAAGUACCUCAAUUAUAUGCGGAAUCGUUGUCGCAGAGCAAUCGCAAAAUUUGCCGUCAGCUUUCGUUAGCUUUCAGGCAUUAUAUGCAGCUGCGCUUUGUGCUGAGACAAAAGAAAGGCAAGAAGAGAUACUGAAGAUUCUUAGAAAAGUCUUGAGCAUCAGCAUGUUCCCUUCGGUCUGUAUAUUGAACGACCUGGCCAAUGUGUGGGAUGGAGGCUCGAGCCAAUGA